GUUAAAGUGUUAGAAAUUUUAAACAGCAUACGUUGUUAGCUUAUAAAGUUAUUCUUUCUUUUUUCCUAAUCAGAGUUCUUGACCCUUUGGCUAUUAAGUUUAAAACUUCAACUGAAAUUCAGUACUAUUUAUUUUUAAAAAAUCACUAAACUGUGCCUAAAUAAAUAACUGCCAUAUUAAUGUUUUGGUUUAUAUCCUCUCUAGUAAUAGAAAAACAUUUAAUACUUGUAAUGCUGAUAUGUUCAUUUGAUACCAGUUGAGUAGAAUGUGAUCAAUCCAGUUUACAGUCUCUCAUGAGUAUCAUUAAGUAAAAUAUAUGUACUUUUCAAUGGGAAUCAUUCUUUUCUUGCUGUAACACUUGACCUUAACUUUUAGAAAGUGUUCAUUUUUUAACUGCAACUGGAAAGGUUGAAAAGUCAGGACUCUUGUAUUUGUGGACUGUAAUCUGAAGCAGAUUUUUUAAAGUGUAGAAAAAAAACCCAAAUUGUCCUUUUUGUAAAGGUCUGUGAUACCAUGUUUUGGCUUUGUGCGAGUAAUUUGAAUAUCCAAAGGGUUGUGAUGAUUAGUUCUUGAUAUGCAACUGUCCGCCUAAUAAGGACAAGUGUUCCAGUGUCUCUUAUGACUUUGGUCAUAAAUGAUACUAGAAUUAACCAUUUUGUGAAAUAGUUGGUAUCCGUUUACUACUAUAAUUAAUUUUUUGUCAUUCCAGGAAAUCUUUGUGAAGCCAGCCAAUUAAUAAAGCACUUUAGCAUCUGUUCAGGUAGUUUUGAAAACCAACUUUUUCCCAUUCAGGAUAAGAACUUCCAGGUUACCUAAAAAUGCAAUAAAAAUCUUUAUAGUCUAAGCUUCUUGGCACAUAAUUUUUCAUCAGGGCUUUUCCUUUAUUAAAUGAGCACAAUACUGUUUUAAUUUUGACCCCCUUAACCACACAGCUCCUUGUAUAGUUUUUAACUGUACAGCUGCAAGAAAGAAGUGACUAACACAUUUGCUGCAAACACUUGAACUGUUGGGUCAGUAGCUUUGUGUUACUGCCCUGACCCCAGUGUAAUUCAGGGGGAAAGGUAUUUUUUAUCUUACAGGGAUAUGUAGCUAUGUAUUUUACUAAUUGUGAAACACUGGAAAUUAAUGAUGCAGACAACUUGGUGUGGUCUUGGAAUAGCUCUCUGCAGUAUUUUUUUUUUUUUCUGUUACCAUAAAUUGUAUUUAAGUGCUUGCUCUCAUCUGCUUUUAAGUUGUACCAAUAAAAUCAGUAGCCCUCAGCCCUUCACAUUUGACACUGCUUAGCUUAGAUUGAUGUAGUUGUUUUAGUUAUCCGUGUAAUGUGACUUUUAUUUUUAAGUCAUGGUGUACUGCAUUUGUUUGUCACUAGUUGGGCAUGUGCCAAUAUUUCUGUCCAUUCCUUAACUGCCAUCUCUGUUUUGCCUGAUUUUUUUCUCUUCAACUGAAUAAUGGCUUUUUGCAUGAAAAAAAGUUUUUAAUAUUAGACAUGUAAAGGGAAGAGAGAGUGAAUGUAUUGGACUUUGUAAGCCUAAAAGGAAUAUUUGGAUCCCUCUAAUAAAAAGGGCUAUGUACUAUUUAGAGUAAUCAUGUGGUGGAAAAUACUUGCAAGUCACAGAUUUGUAGGCAGGAGGCUCUGUUACUCCCUGUGUCUAGGCUGAAUGUAAAAUCCCUUAUGUUGUAUUAAUGGGGGUAAUAACUAUUUUUAUUUGCCGAUGAUAUACUUGGUUUCUAAUAAAAUGUCCUAGGCUCUAGUGAGAACUGUCUACUUUUAAUUGCCAAUUACUCCCCUUUCCUCAUUUUUCUGAUAUGCUCUUGGCUAGCUUUUUCUCGGUUAAUGCUUUUUCCUGAAAAAUCUCACCAUUUUAAAUGUGUUUAUUCGAGUGUGAUCCUAAAAAGCCUGGAUCAAGAGCACAUCUCUAAUAUGCAGCCUGCAUCAGCUCCUACUCCAUCUGGAUGUCUAGAACUGUUGGACGGUUUUGAUGUCUUAAACCCUGGGUUUUGCUUUUGAAAUAAGGUUUGAAAUACUGUUCUUCGCAUUAAGAUUUGUGUGUUUUUGCUUUGUAAGCCCAGCAUCAGGUUUUGGAAAAUGCCUGUACUGUGAAAGCAAAUCUGAACUCUCUCUGAGCCUCUUUUAUUGCACAAAUAGAAUUGCUUUCCAUCAGCCUCCAAAAAACUGUAUAUCUGGAGUGGAAGAGAUUAACAGCAAAAAUCCAGAUUUUUAAAUGUACUUGUUUUCUAAAUGCCAAUGUUUGUAAAGCACCUUCAGUUCUUUGGAUGAAAGGUGCUAUAUUCUCUCAGUGUAAAUUAAUAAAAAGAUUAUAGGAAGUUUGUCAAAAAAUUUUAUCUAAUGCAGUCUGUAGUAUGUCCCAACAAGAAGUUAGCAUUUUAUAUAACACAGUUUUAAAAAAUGCUUAUUCCUUUACUUGGUUGCUUGACUAGUAAACAGAAGUGAAACUUUUCUUGUUCUGCAUUUGACUGCAAGUGUCCCAGUUCUUUAAAGGCAACAUUCAAUGUUCUGUCCUGGAUCCACUGCCCAGAACCCUGCUUCAUGAGAUCGUCACAACUCUUUCACUUGCGUAGUUAAACCGUGUGAAGUCAUGCUGAUGAAAUAUACAGUAGUGAAACACCGAACAGGAGCAUUUGGAAAGUCCCCUAGCAUGAAACCAAACACAGGGGAUGCUUGGGGAAGGAACCUGUUCCCCUCUUACUAGUUUUCCUGUUAAUCACUUAGUGAAUAUGUUCCUUUUUCACCCUUGUGAUAGUAAGUUUAUGCUGGUUUGGAUCAUUCAGAUGUUUUCUUAAUUCAAAAGUGCAUGAAGUUUAUGAAUUUUUUUUUGCAUGUGUGUCAACAGAAAUACUUAUUACGUAAGUGUAUUCCACUCAGUCCUUGGGGAUCCACUGUUCUCGGCACUUUGCUCUUUUUUAUAUAAAUGGAAAUGUGUUAUCAAAGACUGAAUGCAGGCAUUAUGGAAUAGUGGAAAGAAUACAGGUUUUGGGAUCAGUCUAAGUUAAGAACCCCAGGUCUGCCAGGGAGUAAGAAUAGCUAACCUGUAUUGCGCACACUUAACUGAAUACUGUACAUGCCCUAUUUUGUGUCAUCCUUAAAAUGGCUCGAUGACUAUAUUAUCUCUUUGUUCAUUUUUUCUUCAGAUGCGGAAACAUCAUAGGUAACUUGCCCAAGUUUGUGCAGGAGAGCUGGAACUUGAACCCCUUUAGGGCAUCCUAGAGUAGUAUUACUCAUCUUACACAAUGUUAGUUAUUGUAGCUGUGUGACCCCCGGGCAAGUUGGAUUCUAAUCUUAAAAAUUCUGUGUCUAAGAAUAUCAUACAGGGUUGGUCUCAGGAUUAAAAACAGCACUCCAAAUACCCAGUCCCUGACCCAAAGUUGCAAUUUAUUGAGAGCACACUUAAUGCCAUUUGCCCAAAUUCAUUGUAGUUAGGAAGUAAGAGUAAUCCAAGGCAAUAUAUAAUUGCUGACAUAGUGUAGUUUAUAUAAGUACAAUAAAUUUGGAGAAGGAAAUGUUUGAUUAGGAUGGAGUAGUUGGGGAAGGCUUAAAAGAGGAAGUGUGAAUUAAAAGAGGAACAUGUACCAGAAUGAUGGGCCAUGCAUUUCAUAUAGUAGAAGCACAGAAGCAGGGAUUACUAGAACUUGGACACGAUUUAAGAGAGAGAAUUGAGGGUACGUACUUCUUGGGAAAGCUUAAGAAAUGAAUAGCUGCAGCUCUGUUGACAAUACUGUGUGUUACAGAAGCAUUGGCCAAUUGUGAAAAACCUUGAAAACCAGGCAGAAUAGUUUUAAUUCAUGUUUUGAGAAACAGUGAAUGACGUUCAAAAUUAGUCUUCCUAGUAAGUUGAUCCCACCAGGACUCCUACCCCAUCUUCCCCAGUCUUUGACAAAUUAUUCUGGGGUUCUUUCCUUUUUCUGGCUUGGUAAUAGGGUGGAUACUACUGGUUGGGAAUUAGGUGACUAUGGUUCUGUAAUUUGAGGAUUAUAUAAAAUACUAAUUUGGGAAGCCAACAUGUCAAUUUUUCCUUGACAAUGCCAUUUUAAAGAUUCCAUUACAAUUUACCAUUAUUUCACUGAAGGAAGUAUGUAAAAAGAGCUGUCUCAGAAUAAAGGACAGUCCUUUACACCAAAUAAAUUCGACUUUAUGAAAAAUUAGUAUUCUUAUUUUUUGCCAUUUGUGAAGAUAAGAGAUUUGUCCCAAGCCUUUUGGGACAAAAGGCUUAAGCUGUUAUAUUAUUGAUGCACAAAAGCAUGUUCCACUAAAACAGAAGUAGCUUAAGAGUUUUAUACCUCCUCUCAGCUCCAAAUAGAUUCUGAGGAUCUACCAAACAAAAACUACAGAGGAAUGCAGCAAGGGGAAGGGGAUUCCACCAAAAAGGAAGAAUUUUGUUAAUAUGUUAAUGAGUUAUGUCUUAUUUUGAAGGAUGGUCUUGUUAAAGCAGAAAAGAUGUGCUGGUAGUCUUGCAUGCUUAGGUCUGGCAACAACACUAAAAAUACAAAGAAAUUUAUUUUAAAAUCGAUUAGCUGGAGCAGAGGUCACAAUUACCUUCAGUAUCACAAGAUGGUUAGCAACACAUUCAGGGGUCAAUUCUGUAUAGGCAUUUGAAAACGGAGCCCAUUGCUUUUGAUGAUGGCAUCAAUUCUGUUUGCAGGGUUGAUUUUCCUUUCUUGGUAAUUUACUUUAUAAACCUCUUGCUUUCUUGGAAGCCUGCACCCAAGCCUGUGAUCUUUUCUACAGAGUACUGAGCACAUAAACCACGCUUUAUUUUGAUAAGAUUCUUACAGUUUUCUUGCUGGAUUCUCUGAAGCGCCUCUGAGUUCUGACCAUUACAGCAUGAUGUAGUCAGGGACCGGAUAUGAGGUGGUUCAAAAAUGAAGCUCAGUUUGGAGACUUAGCUCACUGUCGCACCUGCCAGAGGAGUUUGGGAAACUGCAGCGCUUGGCUGUUGGGUCUGGCGUAGCGAACGCAGUGUCGGGGGGCGCCAGCAGGUGUGUGGGAUGCAGAAACCUGAGCCAAAAGAACCUGCCCGCAGGUGUCUGGCGCCGGAGACGCAGUUUCUACUUUCGACCGCACGGUGGCGCUUAGAUAUCCCCGGCCUUGCUAGCAGUCUCUAAGGCACCUCCGCCGCCACCUGCAGUCUCAACCAAACUCUAGGUGGCGGGAUGUGACGGCCCGAGGGCCCAAUCGACCGCCAGGUUUUCGGCUACACUACAGCUCUAGCCAAUGGGAGCCGAGGAGAGGCGCGGAGGAGGUGGGUCUCGCGGCAAGCCUGGCAGAGGCGCGAGGCCCUCCGCCCGCCUCUCCGCCUACUCCAAGCCUCUGCCGUCUCAGCUUCCCGAGCGAGCCCUGCGGCCGCCGGAGCAGCUCCCGCGGCGGAGCAGGAGCCGGAUGGUCAGAGGAGCCCGGCAGCCCCAGCAGCCGCGGAGUCGCCUGGCCCCCAGACUGACUGGCACAGUGGAGAAACCACCCCGAAAACGGAAAAGCAGGAGGAUUCCUAUCCACUGCACCACCAGGGAGGUCCAGGAGACGUUGCUGAUCGUCCUAAGAACUGAAUUUGCUCUUAAAGAAAUCAUGUCCUCUGGAGGCGCUGAAGAUGACAUCCCACAGGGAGAGAGGAAAACAGUGACAGAUUUUUGUUACCUUCUGGAUAAAUCUAAGCAACUGUUCAAUGGGUUAAGAGAUUUGCCACAAUAUGGACAGAAGCAGUGGCAGUCGUAUUUUGGAAGAACUUUUGAUGUUUACACCAAACUCUGGAAAUUCCAGCAGCAGCAUCGACAAGUCUUGGAUAAUCGAUACGGCUUGAAGCGGUGGCAAAUAGGGGAAAUUGCUUCUAAGAUUGGGCAGCUAUACUACCAUUAUUACCUACGCACAUCUGAGACCAGCUAUCUGAAUGAGGCUUUCUCCUUCUAUUCUGCAAUCAGACAGAGAUCUUACUAUUCUCAAGUCAAUAAAGAGGACAGACCUGAGUUGGUAGUUAAGAAGCUACGAUACUAUGCAAGAUUUAUAGUAGUUUGUCUUCUUCUCAACAAAAUGGAUGUUGUGAAGGAUCUGGUAAAGGAACUGUCAGAUGAAAUUGAAGAUUAUACUCACCGCUUUAAUACUGAAGAUCAAGUGGAAUGGAACCUGGUACUUCAAGAAGUAGCAGCUUUCAUUGAGGCGGACCCUGUAAUGGUAUUAAAUGAUGAUAAUACCAUUGUUAUCACAUCUAAUCGCCUUGCUGAAACAGGAGCCCCAUUGCUGGAACAAGGCAUGAUUGUGGGACAGUUGUCUCUGGCUGAUGCACUCAUUAUUGGUAAUUGUAAUAACCAGGUUAAGUUCAGUGAACUAACUGUUGAUAUGUUCCGGAUGUUACAAGCCCUGGAAAGGGAGCCAAUGAAUUUAGCUUCCCAGAUGAAUAAACCAGGAAUGCAGGAAUCAGCUGACAAGCCUACCAGGCGAGAAAACCCCCACAAGUAUCUGCUCUACAAGCCAACCUUCAGCCAACUAUACACUUUCUUAGCAGCAUCUUUUAAGGAGCUGCCUGCCAAUAGCGUGCUUCUGAUUUACCUGUCAGCCACUGGCGUUUUCCCCACAGGUCGUUCUGAUAGUGAAGGUCCUUAUGAUUUUGGAGGGGUACUUACUAAUAGUAACCGAGAUAUUAUAAAUGGAGAUGCCAUCCACAAACGAAAUCAGUCCCACAAGGAAAUGCAUUGCCUCCAUCCUGGAGACCUCUACCCCUUCACAAGGAAGCCGCUGUUCAUCAUUGUCGAUUCAUCCAACAGUGUUGCUUACAAGAAUUUCACAAACUUAUUUGGACAGCCACUAGUCUGCUUGCUUUCUCCUACAGCCUACCCAAAAGCUUUACAAGAUCAAUCUCAACGAGGUAGCCUGUUCACUCUCUUUUUGAACAAUCCUCUAAUGGCCUUCCUAUUUGUCUCUGGACUGUCAAGCAUGCGUAGAGGCCUAUGGGAAAAGUGUCAAGAAUAUCUUCGAAAAAUCAACCGUGACAUUGCCCAGCUACUGACCCAUUCACGUUCAAUAGAUCAGGCAUUUCUCCAGUUUUUUGGAGAUGAAUUUCUUCGCUUGCUUCUCACGAGAUUUAUCUUUUGUUCAGCCACCAUGAGGAUGCACAAGAUUUUUCGGGAAACACGGAAUUAUCCAGAAUCAUAUCCACAACUGCCAAGGGAUGAAACAGUGGAGAACCCUCAUCUCCAGAAGCACAUUUUGGAAUUAGCAUCCAUUCUGGAUGUGCGAAACGUGUUCCUUGAGAAUACCAUAGACGACUAUUAAAGCAAAAAUCCUCUUGUUGAAACACAUUUUCAUUUGCCACAGAUUUUAAAUGGUGCAGUUUUCUAAUGUGAUGACAGAUACAUAGUGGUGUUAUUUAGUUUUUAUUUUUCAAUUUAGGACCACCAUUUUAAAAACAAACUGAAAAAAAAAAUCGUUCAAACUUUUAGGGUAACUUUUAAAAUACAGUCUUUCAGGUGUUUUAUUAAAACCUCGAUUAAUCUUGGAAUUUUUAUUUUUUGGUUUUGAGGUAUGGGUACUUACCUCUAACAUCUAAUCCUGCACUCAAAUAGUUACUAUUCUCACCCUGAGAAGAGUAAAUCAUUUAUUUUUGUAUAAUGAGGAAAAUCCAACUCUUAUACUUGGACCUUAUAUGUGUGGAUUUGGAAAAUAUAUAAUUGUUCACAGAAGUGAAACUAGCCAGCAUGGACUACUCAAAAUCAAGAUCAUAGCCCUUCCAUAAUAUUUCUUUUCAUUCCAAGUUAGUAUCAAUAGAUAGAAAAAUGUGUGAUUCUUUGAAGCAUAAUCAAGUUAUAGUUCUUGAAAGUAUUUAAUUCAUUUAAAUGCUGUCAAAAUUUCAGAAACUGUAAAGCAUUGAUUUGUAUCUAAAAAGCUAAAUCUUUAAUUGGGGUCUUUAGAUGAUAAAUAUCAUUUGGAAUGUGUGAGUCCUGUGCUAUCAUGAUAUAUAUUUGCAUAUUUUGUUUUCUUUGUAGUUUUUGAAUGUUGGAAGUGAAAAGGAAGUGAAAAAGAGCAGCUUUUAAAUCUUUCCGUCAAAAAAAUCAGAUUGUUGGUUUAAUGAUCCAGUGUUUCCAUAGGAAUUCCAUUUAAACUCUUAUUAAUGAGAUCAAGUUUGAAGGCUAUAUAGAUUGAAGUUUGUGGCAUACACUGCAGAGUUGGUCAUCUUUUUGCCUGGUUCAGAUUGAUGAAACUUCAAAGUAAGUCAGAGAUAUUAUUAAUAUUAGUUGAGGGUAACUGAAUUUAUUAUUUAACCUAAAAUGGAAGUUGCUUUUGCAUUGACAAUUUGGACGUGAGGUUUUUAGAAACUCCUUAUAUUCACUAUUUUCUACUUCAUGCACAAGUUUUUUUUAUUAUUUUAUAUAGGACUCGGUGUAUAAUAUUUAUAAAGAUUUUUUAGUUGUUUUCUUCCUUUUUAUCCCCUUCAUAAAAUUCACAGGCACUAGCUAUGAUUUCUUACCCCUCUUUUGACUCCACAGCUUUCCGAUUGAGAAAUCUAUGAAUCAAAAGCCCUUCUACCUAAUUUUCCAUACAGGCUCACAGUCUACCUCUGGCAGUCCCAGGGGAAAUGAGGUGUUUGCUGUUGGUGCCUCUUUACUAUGUUCCUAGGGAAAUUUUACUGUAAUAUUUUAAACUUGAUUUUUAUUUCUGACAUAGAGAAUUAUUUGGAUCUAAGUUAUGCAUCUAUCUGUUCCACUUUGUUGAUUUUUCAUCUGAAGUCUUAAAGCUAUUGUUCUUGGGUUGGGGGACUUUGUGGGUUUUUUAAUUAACUUUUUAAAAGUCAAUUUUGUUUGUUAUUUUAAACAUUAUUUCAGAAGUCUUUGGAAAAGCCCCAAAGAGAGAUUUUCUUUGCAAGUGGGUUUUCAUUGUCAGAUAAGGACUACUUUCCUGUUUUUUCCCCCAGUACCUUACUAAACUUCAUCAUUUUCUUUUCAUAACUGUUCACCUGGACUACAGCAAUAGAUUAUCCUUAGUUAUCUGACCUCUUGUUUCAAUUCCCCUGAAGUUCUGUGCCAGUAAUGUUCCUAACAACACAUAUUGUCCUGUUCUCUGAUGCUUUAAAUAAUAUUUAUCACCCUGAGCUUUAUCCUCACCUGAUUAACAUAAAGAACAGUGGUUUGAGAACUGGGAGAUCUGAGUUCUAAUCCUGGCUUUCCUGGUAACUAGCUGCUUGUCCUUUGACAAAUGUCUUCAUGUCUGCUUUUUAGCACUCUGGCCUGUUAAAUGAAGGCCUUGGCCCAAGAUUCAAUCCAGUUCUCUGGUUCUAUAAUUUGAAUUCUUGGUUCUGAAAGACUGAUUUUCCCACCCCUGCUGCUUGGAAAAUUGGUUUCCUUUAUUUUGAUGUACACAGUAUUUCCUUUCCUAGAUCUUUUUUACCUAGUUUUUAUUCAAGAAAAUAUUUGGGUCCCACUUAUUGGUUGUAGAAAGUAGUUCAGAGACUUUCCGGAAAAAAUUAGAGGUUAUGUUCGUAGAAACGCGUUUGUCUAAGAGCAAGGGAUCUUGGAAAUCGCAGCCUGUGCUUAGAUGAUGACAUUCCUCCUUAAGCUAAUAGCAGUGUAAUUCCCUACCAGUGGGGAGAAUUAAAGUGAGCUGAUCUCGAGAGGAAAGCUGUACAAGAAAAUUCUAAACUAUUGUUUCAUUCACGUAUAUUGAGCAACAGCUGUUCUCCAGAUUUGGUCCUAGGCAUUAGUCAAACAGACAAGUAGACUUAAACAUCCUUGUCUUCAUGGAGCUUAUAUUCUAGUAGAAGAAAUCAGGCAAUAAAUAUAAUACAUAAUUUAUGUUAGAAAGUUUUAAACAGUAUGAAGAAAAUUUAAGAGUGUGCUAAGGAAAAUUUUUCCUUUGUUUUUAGAGAGAGAAUAAAAUUUCAAAGACCGAUCAGGGUAGGCCUUUUUGGAAAGGUUACAUUUGUGCAAACAUGUCAUAUUCCUUUGUCUUUUCUUUUUUUUUUUUUUUUUUACUUUUUAUCUUUAAAAUUUGAAACAUGCACAGUGUUUAAUGAACGCUCUUGGACCCAUUACCCGCCUCUACAUUUUUUUUUUUAAUAUAUAUUUAUUUAUUUGGUUGCACUGAGUCUUAGUUGAGGCAUGUGGGAUCUAGUUUCCUGACCAGGGAUCGAACCUGGGCCCCCUGCAUUGGGAGCCCAGAGUUUUAGCUACUGGACUACCAGGGAAGUCCCCCAGCCUCUACAUUUUAAGGCCUUACUUUAAUAAAGGAAGAGGAAAAUGAAAAAGGACAAUCACUUAGGUCAAGAUGGCAGUGGCAGAGAAGAAUCUCAUUUUUUUCAAUGUCCUGCCCCCCCUUUAUGAAUAUUAAAAUGGCAAAUCCUUUAUUUAUUUUUAGAAUUCAUAGAAAUUUAAAUUUUGGAAUGAAAAACAAAGCAAAGCAAUGGGAAAGAACACUUUUUUUGCUUUCAAAUCACACAAACUCCCCUCCUGGAGAUUCUGAUACAGACUCUCACCUCACUUAAGAAUCACUAUAAACAAAAUAGUGUAAAAGUGCAAGAAGUAAGUUAUGUACAAACAAAAUGAAAAUUAAAUACAAAACAAAAUUAAGCACAAUGAAAUUGUUUUCUUUCUUUAUCUGUAUGUUUCUGAAGUCGGUAAAGCAACUGUCUUCUCUGUUUUACAGAAGAGAAAACUGAGACCCUCAAAAGCUGUCGUUUUUUCCAUAAAGAUGGAGCCAGAACUAAAACUCAGAUCUCCUAUUCUCAGCCCAGUCUUUCCCGGUAGCUCAGGUUACUUUCUAUGACAAACAAGAAAGAAAUAAUUAGAGAUUUAGAUUUUGGCACAAAAGUUAUGGUAUUUGUUUAAUAUAUCAAAUAUUGAAACCAGUAAAUCAGUCAGCCCUAGCAAAAUUUUAUUUAUUAAUUAUUUUUUAAAAAUCCACAAGUCAGACAUUUUAUCUUUGAUUUUAGCCAGGAUAUAUUCGUUGUGAAUGUAUAUAUGUGUGUUUUCUUCCUAGGAAGUGGUGCUCUCAAAAACCUCUCAAAGCACAUAGAAUUUAUUGUUCUCUUUAUAUUUUUACCAAGUUGAAAUGUUUUGAGAUUAUAAAAGGAAAGUGCAAUCUAGUCAUGACUGAAAUUUUCCUAGUAAAGGAUCUGAGUUUUAUUUUUUUCCUCACUGUGGCUACUAUGCUUUGUUUUCUUCUUGCAGUAGAAUUCCCUGUAAGACAUUAGGUGGUUAUUGAACUGAAUUUCUUUGAGGUAAAGGGAAAAGCAACAAAUCUGAUUUAUAUAUCAAUUAGGGGAGCUUUUGUUGGUAUUCUUUUCCCAGUUUAAUCUCUGACCUGUGUGAGUUAGUAACUUUCUGUAUCUUAGAAGGGUUUUGGACUCAGUUGAAAAAUCUUGUACUUAGUUAUCCACGGAGACUUGUCAUCAGUCUGAUAGAGAACAUUGUAGACAGGAAAUAUAGUAAGGUACCAAGGUCUGCAAACUUGGCUACUGCCUGUGAUUCAGAACCACCUCCCCACCCUAAGUGAGUAAACAGAUUUGAUAUGAAUAUGAAUGUUAUGAAUCUCCUGGUGAUAUUUUGGGUGUUUAUGUUCCUGUAUGUGUGUUUGGAGAGUAUUAAGGAUAUUUACAUUGAGGGCUCUUUUGUUGUCCUUAUUUAUUUGAAAUUCUUAUUUUAUUUGCAAUGGCAUGUAUAUAUUUUGGUGAUGCUGAAUGCAAUCUCUGUGUAUACUUUUUGUAUAUAUGUACAUAGCUGUAAAUAUAUGGUAUGCAAUGAUACAGUAUGUGUAUAUUAUAUACCCAUACCCAUUGUGGGCUGAAUUUAUUUAAGUUCUGUGAGGACAUCAUAGUGGCAUUGUUCAUGCUACUGUACUAGGUUGUGGCUGUAUCUCAAUCAUGAGCCUCUAUUUUGAGGGGCUUGUGUUUGGGUAAAAUGGGCUAUUUUGGAGUUGAAAUUAGGAUGUGAAGAUAUUAACAGAAAGCUGGAUAUUCUUAGCUUUAAAAAUCAUCUGCCAGUUUUCAUUUAAACUGAUGAUAAAUUGUGAUAUAAACCUGAAAAACCUAAGUAUGUGAAACUGAGACACCAGCAGGUUCUUAAGCUAUAUUAGUCCUUUAUUUUCUUGACUGUAGUUGGGUAUUAUUACUUAGUAACACAUGUAUUUAUAUUGAGAAUCAAGGGGCAAUGGAAAAUACUACUUUGAUCACAUUUCAAAAUAGAUAGGAAAUAGGGAAAUGUUCCUAAUUGCCAUUUUAAUACCUGCUACCACAGUUUAAUUUUGGAAGAAUUUUUUUUUUCACUAGUGUGUCUCAUUUUAUAUGUCUCUAUGAGGCAAAAAAGGGGGCAUUAGGUAGAAGGCUUUACUUAGGUGGGGUCAAAUUUAAUGAGGAACAGGAGGUUGAUAAACCUGUAUAUUUGCAGCAGCUGUGAUUAAGUUCUGUCUUGGCAUUUCUAGCUAUAGAUUUUUCUUAAUUGGAAUUGCAUAUCAAGGAUGAGUCCACUCAUCUGCGAAAAUGCUUCCAGUGAAUAAAAUGCCUCCAGAUGUAUUUCUUUGUCUCUGUGAGACCACUGUGUUCUGCAAAUUGAUAUAUUCACGCGUGAAGCAGGAUUCUUAACAGUAGGUAUGUGGCGUGCUAUAUAUAAAAGCAGGGCCUUCAAACCUCUCCCAAGAAUGACAGGUACGGGAGGAUAAGAGGGUAGUUUGUAUGUGUAGUGCCAAUAUGUGAACCUAUGGAAAAUCACAGAGAUCAGUGCUCGGCUCCUCCUGUCUUCACUGGGCAUGUUCAUUUGCAUGGAAGAGUGUAGGAGAUGUUUUAAUAUACACUUGAAUAUAUUCACCACAAAAAUUAAGUGGGUUUUUUUUUUUGCAUGAUAAAGUAUAACUGCAAAAAACUGUUUACCCUAUUGUUCUUCAGAAGAUUAAAUCCAUCUGAUCCAACUUGAAAUUAUCUUAAAAAGUCAGAAAUCAAUUCUGCCAUCCCCCAAUAUGUUACAUUUGCCUCUUCACUGUAGUUUUAAUAUAACAGCCAAGUAUUCAUAACACUUCUCAAUUAAAAUAUUACAUUUCAAAUAGUUAUAAUAGCUUUUUUCUUAAGCACAUAAAAUUUGGCAGUGUACUAUUUCUGAGAAAUCAGUGAAAACAUUCAUAGUGUCUGAUGUUUUAGUAACCAAGUUAUUUAUUGCAACUGGAGAGUAGCAGAGCAGAUGUUAUGCUAUUUAAAAUUCAUGGAACUGACUCACGCUUAACGUGGACAUUGAUUUGAGAAGAGCAGCAGCAAAUAGAAAGAGUAGUAGAUGAGGUUGACUUUGUGACUGUGACCUCUGGCUCUCUAACAGUUGUCAAGCCAGUUACUUUGCAGUUUUGCUUAGAAAACCACGCCCUCUCCCCCUGUUCUCCUGCUGUCUUAGACAUCGAUACUUUAUACCUGUUCAUGCUGUACCCCCAAUCUGUCACUGGAUACCGUGACCACUUUACCUUAAAAAAAGGUUUUUUUAAGGCAAUUCAUCUUACUCAAACUAGAAUUUCAAAACAUAGUAUUAUACUGUGUUCCAGCUUCACUGAAUUUUUGAACACAGAGAUUUCUUAAACAUGCCUUGUGUUUAAGGAAGAAUAACUGGUGUGUGAAUGGAAACAAUCACCUUUUGAAGGGAAGGAUGUCAGAAUGAUGCUGGAGGGACAUGCCCUUAAAUGAGUAUAAAGACAAAUGUAAUAAGUGGAACUAGUUUGUUGAUGCCAUAGAAAUAUUUCCUUUGGAAUUCUGUAGAUAUGAAUUGUUUUCUUAAGCUAAAAUUGAUAUUUUUCCCUUUAUUGGUUUGGUGUAAUAUUGACUUUUGAGAAAAAUUCCAUUUAGUAUAACAUUGUUCCUUAAUAACUGAAGCACCAUUUUUUAAUUUAAAAAUAUUUUUGUUAAUUUGUGUUUUUUAAAGUUAUUUUUUAAAUUAAUUAUCAAACUAUUCUAAGCAGUAUGAUUUUUUAAAAAAACAUAUUUGAACAAGACUUCAGAGAUUCUUAGUACUUUGAGAUAUAGUAAUUCUGCACUCCAGAUUCACUUAAUCAUCAAGCUGGAAUUUGGUCAUAGAACAGACUAUAAAUUGGGAAUAUUUUCCUAUUUUGGUGGUUAAUUCCUGUCUAUAUCAUAAGACAAUCAUCUUUUUAGAUGUAGUAUUGUAUAUUGAGAUGUUGGUAAUUUCAGGGUUCAGAUUUUAUUUUACUUUUCUGACAGGCUUAUGAAAUAUAAGUUAAUAGCCUGAGGGUUUAUGUCACUUUUCAGAAUGAGAUGGUAAAUUAUAGCUAGCCUUCCUAUAGGCGUGCCGUAAACAUUUGAAAUUUUGUGUUAUAUCACUAAUAUUCUUUUCUCUUUUGAAACUGUUGUGAAUGUCCACUUAUCCAUGAUUGAAAAUUAAGAUUUGUAAACAUUAUGAUUUGAUCCCUAAGUCUUCUGAAACAUCAAAUCAGUGAGAUCAACCAUUGUAAAAUACAAACUGGUCAUAUAUGUUAACCCAAAGUAAUCAUUUCCAAACGAUAUCAAAAUAAACUCUAAAUACAAAAACCUUAUUCCUACCCUUCUUUGCAUGUUACUUUUUUCUAGAUUAUGUGUUGUGAUGUAUUAAAAAUAUGCAGGAAAAAUUGCUUAAAAUGUUUUAGGGCAAUAAUUUUUAUUCCUAUUUCUUGCAGAAUCAUUUUUUUUAAAAAAAGAAAAAACUCUUGUUUACCUUUUAUUAAAAAGAACUCAAUGGUUCAGUAAAAUAUCUUAGGAUUUUGUGUUUGUGGCUUUUUAUAGUUACGUGGUUACAUUCCUUUUGUCCCAUAGAUCAUAUGGCUAGUUCUCCAGCUGUUUUUUAUUUAUUGUUUUUAAUAAACCUUGCCACUCAACAAUCAGAUAUAUUUUGGAGGCUUCUUCCUGUCAAAGUAGAAAGGUUUUAGGUAAUAGGAAAGGCAGAUGCAAUGUCCUACAUUUUCAUAGUAGAGCUUACAAGUGAAAGGAUUUAUUCAAAUAGGUUAUCUUCACUGUGUAGCACCAGUAAAAGUAGUGGUUUCAUUAAUCAUUGAAUGUGAUGAAGCAGUUUUAAGUCAUUUCCUACUUAGCUCUAAAGAAUUUUGUCAUUUCAGGCCACAUUAUUUUCUCUGAGUAGUUUUCCAUUGUAAGGUUGAAUAUCUUUUUAUUUGUAUCAUCACUAAGGGUUAAGCUAAUCAAAUAGGAAUUAAAAUAAGUUGUACUUGAUCUUUUUUCCCUGAAAAUAAUGGUGAACCUAUUGUCUAUAUUAUGGAUAUUAGGCAGAAAUGCACUUGUUUCGAUCAUAGAAGAAAUUACAUUUGGAAAAUAUAAUUAUUUGAUUUUCUAGUGGUGUGAAAUACUUUUUAAAAAUUGUGCUUGUCUGUAACUGAAAUGUUAUAGAAUUGUAACACUAUAAGGAUUCUAGAGUUAUAUUUAUUAGCUCUCUUUGAGAGACUGAAGCACAAUAAUUUUCACGUAACCGUACUUACCAAGUGCUGCUGUCGUGCAAAUGAUGAAACUAUUUGGUUGCCUAUCUAGCUAUUCACAAAUCACUGUAAUCCUUGAAAUGUAGUCUUGUUGCUCAUCUGUAUUAAAUUUUGGGUACUGUGGGUUAAUACUUUAGAACAAAAUCCAUCAGCUCAGCUCGGUGAGCCCAACAAACCGUUUGGAUUCACUAGUUUUAUAUGUGUUCUCAAUAGAAUUACAUUUGAAGGGGCUAUUUAUUACCAGUGACUAAGGGGGAAAAUUAUAUUGUCAAUAUCAUUUGACUUGAACAAUUGUGGUAUUGUAAAAGUCUUACCUGUUGUGUUUCUAAAUUGCUUAAGCCAUACAUACUCUUAAGGAUUUUUUUAUUGUGUUCCUUUUCAGCAGCAUUUUUCUGCUAUGUCUGUUAUGGUUAAUAUGUCAUAGAUUUUAGAAAUUAAGAAGUUACCAAAACAUUUUAUUUUCCUGAUCAUCACUUUUGACUCUUGUGUGAUAUGUGAUUUGUCAUAAAGGAUAGCAAGCCUUCUACUACUUCACUAAAUGAAUUUCAGAGUAAACACUGUGAUUCUGCAGAGGAUUCAGUAGGCCCUUGUUUUUCCAAUGUUUUCUUCUGUUACAUGGUGCCUACCACCUUGAGGGGCGCUUAAAUACUAGAGGAUGAAGAGUUAAACAUUGUUUUGAUGUUUAUUGAAUAACAAGAUUACAGAAGAUUUGAUUUUUGUCAUCAGUGUAUAGAAGACAUUUUUGCAUUGAUAAAUGUUCUCUCUAGGAAUGUGAUUACAUUCAUCAGGUGUGAACUCUUGUAAAUGAAUUUUGUAUCUUGAAUUCACAUAUAUAUUAAGUGUAUCAUCGAUAUAAAAAUAAACAUUAAAAUUAUUUGCUUAAA